AUGGACUGCGACGCGACGGAGGAUGUGGUUAUGACGGAAGCGUCCGCAUCCGCCGUGCCAGCGCCAUCGACACUGGACGCAUACAUAGACGCAGUGCGCCACCGCGGAACCCUGUUUGCGCCGCCCGCCUCGAAGCGCAAGACGCAAAAGGGGUAUUUGAUUGACCCCGUCGGCGCGGCGCCGCAGGCGACGCAAGUCCACGAUAUGGCGCUCGUGCAAGACGCGAGUAUUUUGCUGUGCGGCGGUAGUGAUGGCUACGUUCGCUGGUACGACUUGUGUGCAAGCAUGAAUGGAAAGAAUAUGCUCACGCAAAAUCUGCGCAACUCGUUUGUCGAAGGUGUAACAAAAGGCGGCGUGCUCACAACAUGGUGGGGAAAUGUGCACCUUGCGCCAGGUGAUACACUCACACGCACGGAUGCGCCGCUCAGUGCAGUGCACAGUCUCGUGUGCGAGCGCGACGCCCUCUGGGCACUUGGCGGCGGCGCAGCAGGGAAUAUCAACUUGUGGGGCCUGCGGCAGGGCGCAGGCGCUGUGCGCCAUGUAUUCCGCAAGCACACUGCGGCUGUAUCUGCAUUGGCGCUAUCUGAUACAGAGACGCAGCUUGUGAGCGGCGGUUGGGACCGCGGCGUAUACCAAUGGGAUCUGCAUACGGGCCAAGUCGUGCGUGCUUUUGACGGACACGCCGGGCAGAUCUCCAAUAUCGCGUUUCGGCCUUUGUACGGCCCAAGCUCUUUGGUCGAGGCGCACCAACGCGCGGAUAGCAAGGAAGAUGCAUCGGAUGCCGAGCUCGAGGCUGAGCUUGAGGCCGAGUUGCUCGAUGUGGACAGAGACGGCGACGCGGACAUUGCAGUGCGCGAUGCCGGGGAAGAUGCCGAGGGCGAAGAGGACGUUGAGACUGAAGAGAACAUUGACGAUGACGACGAUGAUGGCUCCAAUUCGGGUGACGGCGACUCGCUCUUUGGGGGACAGGACGAAUCGGUGCACGAGACCGCCGGCGACGGCGACUCUGCAGAUGCGAGUGGCGACUCGGAUGCAGAUGCGGAUGUGGAUGCGGAUGCAGAUGUGGAUGCGGAUGUGGAUGCAGAUGUGGAUGCAGAUGUGGAUGCAGAUGUGGAUGCAGAUGUGGAUGCGGACGGAGAGGCAGACCUGUUUGACGGUACAGCGAAAGAAGAGGAGAGCGACGACGUGCCGCUUUCGCAAGCCGCACCAACGAAUCCCACCAUUUUAUUGCCUGGACAGCGCUCGAGCCAUCCGCCAAGCAACGAAAGCAAACCAUAUGCGCCUACCUCCCCGCCCAAAACCCACGUCCGCCAGCUGCCAAAGCCCAUGUUUGGCUCGAUGAUGUCCUCGUGGCAGUACGACGCCGAUAUUUCGCGCUUCAGCAACGAUAUCAUGCUCACAAGCACGCUUUCUGGCCAGGUCCUCCUCUGGGACCGGCGCGUCGAUACCAAGCAGGGCGUGCGUGCAUUGCAGCUUCCUCCCGGCACACCUCCGUGGUGUGCCCGCGCCACAUGGAACCAUGCAGGCGACAAGAUCUACGUAGGCCGGCGGAAUGAGACGGUGGACGAGUGGGACGUGCGUAUGCUGCCGGAUACGUCGCGAGUGAGCAGCGAGCCUGCUGUUACGACAAUGCCCAAAGAGCGCGCGCCGCGCUUUGUCCGCAGCUUGCGGCUUCCUGCGCGGAGCGGCGCGGUGAGUGCGGUUGCCGUGAUGCCGAACGACCGCCAUAUCGUCUGUGGCUCUUUUGACAAUGUGCGCUUAUGGGAUACGCAAGCGCUGCCCAACGCCGAGAUUCCGUUCAAGAUUGUCGCGGGCCAUCACGGCGGCACGAUAUCCCAAAUGCUGAUCGACAAGUGUGCGCGGCUGCUCCUCACAAGCUCUGGCGAUCGUGGCUGGUCGGCAUCGAGUACCGAGACCGUGCUGAUGCAUGAUAUUAUAGGUCUAUAG